AUGGAUUCGAUACGUGAAGGUUGGUUCACCGAAUUUUCACCCGAUCAAGCCGAACUAGAUAAGAAAGGGACUUCUGAGACAAGUGAAGUUAUUCAGGGAAACUCUUGGCCAGGGCAAGCGUUUUCACUGCAGAUUUCUAAAGAACUUUUUCACGAGAAGAGUGCUUAUCAGGAUGUACAUGUAUUUGAAAGUAGAAGUCAUGGCCGGGUGUUGGUACUGGAUGGUAUUAUUCAGUGUACUGACCUUGAUGAAUUCGCUUAUCAGGAGAUGUUAACGCACCUUGCCAUGUUCUCGCAUCACUCGCCAGCAAAGGUACUCAUCAUUGGUGGAGGUGAUGGUGGCAUUCUACGGGAAGUUCUAAAGCAUGAUUGCGUUGUGUCGGUCGUUUUGUGUGAAAUUGAUGAAAUGGUGAUUAAUGUUUCCAGGAAGUACUUACCACAGUUAUCUGUAUCUUUCGAUAGCCCAAAACUAGAACUUCAUAUUGGAGAUGGCAUGGAGUUCCUUAAGCACCACGUUAAUGAAUUUGACGUUAUAAUCACUGAUUCAUCUGAUCCUGCUGGGCCUGCUGAGAAGCUCUUCACUAAAAGUUAUUAUGAACUUUUGAGGGAUUCUCUAAGAGAAGGAGGCGUGCUUUCUUCUCAAGGAGAAUGCCCCUGGAUUGAUAUGUCACUGGUGCAUGAAGUGUAUAAGUCGUGUAAGCAGCUAUUCAGUUCCGCAGCAUACGCAGUUGGAUCAGUGCCUACUUACACCACUGGGUUAAUGGGGUACAUAAUUUGCCUAAAGGACCAGAAGAGGGACAUAUCUGUGCCACUCAGGACAUUGUCGGAAGAAGAAGUUAAGAGAAUGAAGUUACGUUAUUACAAUUCUGCUGUUCACAGAGCUUCUUUCGCACUUCCACAGUUUAUAAAGGAGGUGAGUAAAAUUGUUUGUUUGCUUUAA